AUGUGGGAUGCUCCACCUAUACCCUACUUUUGCGAUCCGUCCAUCCUGCCGGCUCCUUUACCAAGCACUUUAGAUAUCAGGAACGCAACUUGCACACUCGCAGAAGGCGCUGCCAGAGUCGUCAGGGUCGGGCACCAUUUCAUCGCCAAGUAUGGUUCACAGACAAGCCGCCGAAUUCAAGAAGGACUCAACAUGAUCUUCGUACAUCGAAACCUUGAAACGCCUUUACCAUUGGUAUACGCCAUACACGAGGAAGACAAUGUCGUCUAUCUACUGAUGCAGUAUGUUGCGGGACAGAGUCUUGAGAGUAUCUGGUCUAGUCUUCAAGCGAAAGAACGAGCGUCCAUUUUGACAGAGCUAAGAAACAUUUUCCGCGAGAUCAGGUUACUACCACGACCAAUCCCGCUGUUCUAUGGCAACGUUUGCUAUGGACCCCUCUCAUAUUUUCUCUUUUGGACGCCAGAACCACAGAAAUCAAUAAACGGCCCUUUCACGACCGAGAAGGACUUUUGCUCAGGCUUAGUGGAGAGACUUCGCCAAGUACAGACCGGCAAUAAUCGCCACCCUGCUCGGGUUGACUGGUUUCAGAAACACUUACAUUCCUUACUUACGAGUCAUCCACCCACCUUCACACAUGGCGAUAUGCAAAAGAAGAACAUCAUCGUCACCCGGACGCGUACCGGGGAUGGAGACGAAAGCAACUUCAAGCUCACAUUAAUCGACUGGGAGGAUGCUGGUUGGUAUCCUGACUACUUUGAGUAUUUCUCAUGUUAUACAAGCUUUCUCUGGGAUGACAACUGGCCUCAGAUGGUUGAGAGUUUUCUCGACCCAUAUCCGGUCGAGGCACUCGUACUGAUGUCGAUCUACCACGAAAUUUUCAUCUAG